CAGCCUCCCUUACUUUCACUGUGUAACCAGAGAAAGCUGAUCUCAGAUCGGCGGACCGUGUCUUCCGUCCACACUACCAGCUUUUUGGGACUCAGACCAGAGGAAAUCGUGUUCCGUCGGCAGCAGCAGGUCGGCUCAUCCACAGCAGACCACGGCGAGGGGACGGACAAGCAGGCAGCGGAGACUGAUAGGACCCGCGGAGGAGUUUAAAGAAGCACAUCCAGCGGAGGAAGAGAGCACAGAGAACUGAGUGGCGCCUUACGCGGACUACUUUCACUCUCAGCUAAUUUCCAACAUUUUUCCAUUCUUUGCGGCUCUCGGAGCCUGAUUUAUAAGGAGAGCUAGCGGAAUGUACUAGCCAGCUAGCUAAUGGUAGCUAGCUAAUUAGCUUGUCAGGGAACCCGAGAGUCGGACGUGUGAUCUUUAUUAAAAAAACAAUAAAUAGGUCACUGUUUGGCGUCAUUUCACUUUUUUUCCUUUUUGGAAAAUUCUACCUUUUUUAGCUACUGUUUAUAGAUUCUAAAAUGGCCAUUUUGGUUUUUAUUUAACAGCCAACGCCAAGUUAGACAAUAAACAGAGCGAGCUUUUCCAUAUUGAUUAAAUCUGCUCUAUAUUAUCCGGGUGUUUUUGUGAAAACCAAGCCGCGAAGGAGAAAACAAAGGAUUAGAGGAGAAGAAACAGAAAAGAGAAGCAGACUUUAGAUCUUUAGACCCCCCCUCCACCCCCUCCGUCCAAUGUUAAUGUCGACCGACGUUGCAUCUUUAAUGCUGCCCGUUAAUCGGGGAAUCAUGGACCGCGAUAUUGAGACGGCGGCCGCCGGAGCGCAUCCGAACGCGGCCGCAGGAGCCGCGGUUGUCCGGGGGAUGAAGCGCGGUGACCCGGAGCCGGACGCUCAGACCGCCGCUGCCCUGACUGACCUGGCCGGGGCGGAAUGCAAGAGACCCCGGAUAGACGGCUCCGGUGACAUCGGACAGAACAACGAGCCUUUAAACCCCGGUUUCCAUGGAUAUGCACCUCACAGUCAGGGCUCCCAGGACUCCACCGGAGGACAGGAGGGUCUAGUGGCCCCACCCUUUACAACCUUCCCUCCUCCACCCCCUCCUCAAAACGGCCUGACUGGAACAGAGUUUGGCCCGGGGGGCAUGUUUGGUGCUGCUGGUCAGGCCACAGCAGAGGUCGGAGCCGGCGGUAACGGAGCAACGAACGCACCCAACAGCAACAAUGGAAAGACAGAGGAGACGUCCCAGGGUGAGGCGGGGGCGCAGUGUUCGGCAGGAGGUACAGGAGCAGGAGGUUCCGCAGGAGACUCUGGAGAGGCCAAAGGGACUCCCAAACGCCUCCACGUCUCAAACAUCCCUUUCCGCUUCCGGGACCCAGACCUCAGGCAGAUGUUUGGGCAAUUCGGGAAGAUUCUGGAUGUAGAGAUUAUUUUCAAUGAGAGGGGUUCAAAGGGUUUUGGCUUUGUGACAUUUGAAAACAGCGCAGAUGCAGAGAAAGCCAGGGAAAAGCUCCACGGCACGCAGGUGGAAGGGCGUAAGAUCGAGGUGAAUAAUGCCACCGCCAGGGUGAUGACUAACAAGAAAAUCGUCAGCCCUUACCCUAAUGGAGAGGCUCUCGGCACGCUGCCCUAUGCAGGUUGGAAACUUAGUCCCAUGGUGGGAGCUGUGUAUGGACCUGAGAUCUACGCAGUGCCAGGGUUUCCCUACCCAACCGCAGCAGCGGCAGCAGCAGCCACAACAGCUGCAGCAGCUUUCCGCGGUGCCCACCUCAGGGGCCGAGGUCGGCCCGUUUACAGCGCCGUCAGGGCUGCUGUGCCUCAGCCUGCCAUCCCUGCCUACCCUGGACUAGUGUUACAGGACUCAGUCCUUAGUCCCAGAUUGCCUCAGGGAGGCUAUCCUGCUGCUGCCGCCGCGGCCGCCGCUGCAUAUCGCUACGCCCAGCCUGCUGCCGUAACCGGGGCAACCGCCGCCGCUGCCGCCUACAGUGACAGUUAUGGCCGGGUUUACACUACAGAUCCGUACCACGCUUUAACUCCAGCUGCUGCCGCGUACGGAGUGGGAGCCAUGGCUAGUUUAUACCGAGCGGGAUACAGCAGGUUUGCUCCAUACUAAAGCCACAAAACCCAUCCAAGGAAUUCCACUUUGCUCCAAAGCUCCCUCUGAAGCUCUGUGUUUUGGCAGGAGCCUCCCCUCCAUUUUAUCUGCAGGCAGACUAUAAUAGUGACAGCACUCUUCUUACUUCCCCCUCUCGUUCUUUUCGUGGUCGUCGCCAGGUCACCAAAACCAAACUCUCUCCUUCUCUCUCCUUCUUUUCUGUCGCCGACAUGGAAUCAGUUGGAGGAACAAAAAUCAAGUAAAUAAAAACUGUGAUAAGCAUCUCCCAAGUAUGAAGCUGGAUGAUUUGAACUCCAGAACAGGACUUUGGACUGUUAAGAAAAAAAAAAAAAAAACACACAAUGGGACUCAGGCGGAGAGGGACCUCGGUUCCGGAGCGACCCAACACACUACAAUCCCUUUUUUCCCUCCCGAUGAGCUGCCCCGUAAGACCCAACCCGACUACGUUGAGAACCAAGUAUCCCGUUUUCUCUCACAGUGUUGGACUGAACUGAAAGGCUGAACUGCCGCAGCACUAAUGUAAAAAAAAAAAAAAAAGGUACUUUUGUUUUUAAACACUACAUUGACAUUUAAACGGAGCAUAGAGCCGCUGCAGUCGUCUUUCUGGCUACAAUAACAAACCUACAAUAACGAUCUACAGAAAAAGAAAUGGAUGAAACCAAGUACUUGAUUCAGGAGAUAUAGGAUUUUUAUUAUGUUCUUCAUUUCAAUGAUGAAAACCACUGCUUUGUACUAUAACCCACUGCAUUUCUUUAUUUUCAUUCAUUUUGUUAAAGAACCCCCCAAAAAGACAACAACAAAAAACCUAAGAUCAUCAGUUCUCCAAAACGUUUGAAAGUGACAAGGAAAGAUCAUUUUUCUGCAUUACCUCAGUUUAACAGCCAUUUAUAAGAAGCUAAAUGGAAAAAAAAAAAAAAAAGAUUGUUUUCCUUUUAAAAAGUUUAGCUCCUCCCCUCCUGAUGAACUUAUAAUUUCCCCCUUCGGAUCUUGUACGUUUUCGUUAACCUGGACCGUCGGGACAUUCCAGCUCCGGCGAGGGAGCGGAUCGGAUCAACUAAAAGGAAAAAGGAUUCAGCCAAUCAGGAGCAGCCAAUGAGUUCAGCAGAACCAUCCUGCAGCAUGUAGACGUCACAGUUAUAUGAUGAAGUUUAAAAAAAAAAAUAGAUUUCAUCACCAGGUUUCUGUAGUUUCAAAGCUCCUCAUCUUGUUUUAAGUUUUACUUCCGGUGACUCUGAAGGCGUCAUAAAAGAAAAAUGACUGACCCCCCCCCCAAACCCAUGCUGAAUCUAUCUACAUUACUGCUAGUAUUUGCCUAUUGCUUUUGCAGUUCCAAAGAUUUUCUUUUCUUGUGGGGUCCUCUUGUAUUUCUUUAAUUUUUGUUUUAUUUUGCAAUAUUUCACCAUGUGAGUUAAGGGGAAAUGUCAUCAAAGCAACAACUAAAAUAGCAGAAGAAGUGAUUUAUACAUACAGGAAUUGAACCUUAAUUUAUUGAGGCUUCUGUAUUUUUUGUCUUUCUUGCACUUAAACGCAGCGUAGACGUGCAGGCAAAGGAAGCGGGAGCAGAAAGGUGGGUAGAAAUGAGAGGAUGCAGGGUCCAACGCUGUCCACCGUUUUUUUUUUUUUUUUUUUUUUUUUAGAGAAUGAUGAAACAGCAUGAGGGGCGGUGAAGGUGAGAAACGGGACCCAUUAAUCAUCAGCUGACAGAAAAACACAGUCUCCUUCCCACCACCCCCUCCGGCUGUCUUUUAUAGGGUACGGCACGCUCAGGGUGGAAAGGACCAGCAUGAUGAAGGGUGUGCCAUUUGUUUGGCUUUUCUUUUUUUUUUCUUCGUAUGAUGGUGAACAGUGUGCAGUAGGUCCAAUUAGUAUUUUUUGACAAGCAUUACCUCUGUUAUUUUAUUGUUUUGUCUUACUGUUCCUUAUGAGUAUUAUCUGAAGUGUUGCUAUGCAUGCUCUUGCGAGGGAGGAAGGGUGUCAGUCUUUCUGUUUUUUUUUUGUUUUUUUAUUUGUGCAUGAAUUCAAAUCCUAGUGCUGGAGGAGGACAGGAGUGUUUACGGUGCAGGAGGAGCGGAGAGCUUUUGCGAUGUGAUGCAGGGCGACGGGAAUGUUAGGGAACGUCCAGCGUUAAGUGUUUAAGGAGGAGCUGGAGAUGCUCGUUCAGGCCUCAGAUAUGGCGGUAAACUCCAGGCGCUUGUUGGAUGGCGUUAGAUUCGGUUUCAACUCAUUCGAGGCAGUUAAUGUAGCAGCUGUAUGAUUGCUUAGAGGGCAGUGGGGGCGACGCAUUCGCCCGUUCUCAUAUCUGCUUAUUGAGGCAAAUUGUUUUCGGGAAUCCAGCAAAAGAAAUAAAGAGAAAAGAAAAAGGACAAAUCGAGGAGAUGGAAAAACUCAGAAGCAAAAGUUCUCCUAUCCAGCCAGCCAGUCCAGUGGGAGUCUGUGUACAGCAGUAAAUGAAUGGGUUUGAAUUGCAUGUGAAGGUUUCUUUUCUAUUUCACAUGCUCUUAAAAGCUCAUUUAUCCAAGUGAUUUUAUUUUUAAAUAAGUGAAAAUAAAUAAGUGUAUUUUUUCUCUUGUUUUAUUUUUCCAUCCUUGUGUCUGCCUUCUGUUUAUUCUCUCCAUUAUUAUUGAAUGUAUAUAAUAAAUAAACUGUUUGGUUUUUA